CUGUUUCCUGCCUGUUUCCUGCGUUAUUUCCAGCCUGUCUGUCUGUUGCGGCGGCGGGGUGAGGAGGACCAGAGCCCAGGACACAGCUGGUGUGUGCGUGACUGCGGUGCUGACCACACCAACAACCAAUCAGUUUCCCUGGCGUUGCCAUGGCCACAACGGGCACAGCCAAUGGGCUGCACCACAGACACAGCAGCCAGAGCCUGCCGUCCAAUGAGAUCAGCAGCCAAGACGAGACCCCUGCGGAUUGUCAAGAGCAUCUGAGACAGUUGAGGAAGCAUGUGGAGAAGGUGAAGGCUGAGGUGCUGGAGCAGGUGCAGGGGCAGCUGGGUGACCUCCUGGAUAAGGUCCUGACCCACUCCAUCCAGACGUUCACCCAGAGGGAGCUACCCAGCGCCUCGGACGCCAAGCCCACAAACAACAACAACUCCAGAUCCCACAAAAUGGAUGAUGGAAAGGUGUUUGCUGCGAGACAGUCAAUUCUAGACGAGCUGUUUGAGAUCAGCCACAUCAGGACCAUCUACCACGUGUUCAUAGCAGCGAUGUUCCUCUUCAUCUUCAGCACGCUAGCGGUGGACUACAUCGACCAGGGCAGGCUGGUGCUGGAGUUUGACCUGCUGUGCUAUGCCUUUGGGAAGCUCCCCACAGUGCUGUGGUCCUGGCUGCUGAUGUUCAGCUACACCCUGGCUGUCCCCUACCAGGCCCUGGUGCUCUGGGGGGUCAGCUUUCACGGCUGCCCCUCCAAGCUGGCCCUGUCCCUGGGCGCGGGUCUGGCCCUGGCUGCCCUGCAGGGAGCUGUCCUGGGGCUCUUCCCCAUCUACGUGGUCAUACACUACCAGCUGCCCCCAGCCUCCAGGUUCAUCGUCAUACUGGAGCAGAUCCGCUUCCUGAUGAAGAGCUACUCCUUCAUCAGGGAGAACGUUCCGCUGGUCCUGAGGAACCCGCCCAAAGAGGGAGAAGUUAUCCGGUUCCCCACGUUUUCCAGCUAUCUCUACUUCUUGUUCUGCCCUACGCUGAUCUACAGAGAAUCCUACCCCAGGAACCCCUAUAUCAGGUGGAACUAUGUUGGUGUGACCUUUGCCAAGAUCCUCGCCUGUCUGUUCUACGGGUACUUCAUCCUGGUGCGGCUCUGCAUCCCUGUGUUCAGGAAUGAGAACAACCGCCCCUUCAGCACCAGAACCCUGGUGCUGACGGUGUUCAACGCUACUCUGCCUGGUAUGCUGAUUCUGCUCCUGGCGUUUUAUGCGUUCCUGCACUGCUGGCUCAACGCCUUCGCUGAGAUGCUGCGAUUUGCUGACAGAAUGUUCUACAAGGACUGGUGGAACUCCACAUCGUUUGCUAACUACUACCGUACGUGGAAUGUGGUGGUGCACGACUGGCUGUACUACUACGGCUACAGAGACUUUCUCUGGCUGUCGACGAGGAAGUUCCGCACGGCGGCCAUGUUGUCUGUGUUCCUGGUGUCGGCUGUGGUGCACGAGUACGCCUUCACCAUGGGCUUUGGCUUCUUCUACCCUGUCAUGUUUUGCCUGUUCGCUGUCUUCGGAGUGCUGUUUCACUUCACCCUGACGGACAAGCGUAAGAGCCCGGUGUGGAACAUUAUGAUGUGGACCUGCCUUUUCAUCGGUCAGGGCGUCCAGGUGUGCCUGUACGGCCAGGAGUUUUACGCCCAGGUCCACUGCCCUCGCACCGGGAGAGGAUUCUGGGAGCUGGUCACACCACGGUCAUGGAACUGCAGCUUCUAGACCCGGGACAUCUGCCACGGAUGGAGGAAUGAAGAUGUGGAGGGAUAGAGAGGAAGAACGGAGAGGGAAGGGUUGUAGGGAUGGAGGUGGAUGGAUGAAAUAAUGGAGAGAUGGGGAGGAAGGAUGAAUGGAUGGAAAGGAAGGAUGAAAUAAUGGAGAGAUGGGGAGGAAGGAUGAACGGAUGGAUGGAAAGGAAGGAUGAAAUAAUGGAGAGAUGGGGAGGAAGGAUGAACGGAUAGAGGUGCAGGGCAGCUAUGGAUUGAGACAGUGGAAGGAAGAGAUUGAAGGAUGGAGCAAAACGUCUCAGCUAGAACCCCCUCAGAGCUUCCUAGUGCAUGUCGUCUUCAGCAGGAUGGGGGUGAAGGGGAGACAGGAAAGAGAGAAAGCUGUAUAGAGAGUAGAGAGACUUGUAAAGGUUCAGGCAACAAUCCCCAUCCUGCACUGAGGUCAUGUACUUGUUUGUAAAUGUGCCAAUGAUGACUCAACCUUGUUUGUUCAUAACUAUGUUUUCUUAUGAAUUCAACCAAAAACUAGCAUCUCAGAGAUCACACAGGGUGUGGAGACAGUAGUAUGUGUAAAUGUGUGCUUGUUAACAGAAUGUGUCAA